AUGUCAGCAAAAGGAAAAACUGGUCGAAAAAAAGCUGUAAAAGGAACUUCAAAUUCUGCUAAAGCAGGACUUCAAUUCCCAGUUGGAAGAAUUGGAAGAUAUCUUAAAAAGGGCAAAUAUGCAAAAAGAGUAGGAGCAGGAGCACCUGUUUAUUUAGCAGCAGUUUUAGAAUACUUAUGCGCAGAAAUUUUAGAAUUAGCAGGCAAUGCUGCAAGGGAUAAUAAAAAGUCAAGAAUAACACCAAGGCAUAUACAAUUGGCUGUGAGAAAUGACGAGGAAUUGAACAAAUUUUUAGCAGGUGUUACAUUUGCUUCUGGAGGUGUUUUGCCAAAUAUUCAUAAUGUUUUAUUACCAAAAAAAACACAAGUUAAAACUGGUGGUACAGCCAAUCAAGAAUAUUAA